AUGUUCAAGAAAGAAAUCCAGGGCUCACCGAAGCAAAAGCUCAAAUCAUCUGUCCAGCGCUCCCUUCGCCAGGGCCUUCUCGACACAUAUCCUCUACUCAACCCCUACAUCGACGAGAUUCUGCCCAAGAAGGCGUCGCUCUCAAGCAUGAAGCUGACGGACCGCAACACUCUCUACGUUCUCGACUCAACACCUCUCUUCUACCAACAGGAUCUCACUGGCAUCCUCGUUCCUCACCUCCGUCUCGUACACCGCUUCCCUCAAGCGUUCCCCAGCAUUCGCAUAGACCGCGGUGCCAUUCGCUUCGUCCUCUCGGGCGCUACCCUCAUGGCCCCCGGCUUGACUUCCCCAGGAGGCAGACUACCUGCUGAUGGUGCCCCCGAGGGUCUACAAGAGGGCAAGGAGAUGGAUCAGAAGAUGGAUGAGGAGGGUCGAUGGAGCAGAGAGCUUGUCAAGGGUGAGCCCGUGGUUGUCAUAGCUGAGGGCAAGGAGGAGGCUUGCGCAGUGGGAACACUCGUCGUGGGAACCAAGGAGGUCAAGGCCAAGGGCAAGGGACCCGUGAUUGAGGACGCGCAUUACUUGGGCGAUGGACUGUGGAACUUGAGCACCGAGUAA